GCAAAAUAUAAUUGGCUGUCCCCAUCAACUUCUUUUCCAUGGAUAUAUAAUAUAAUCUUAUCCAUCUCAGAUCCAGCAUCAAUUCCCUAAUUAACCCCAUCAUUAUCUUUAUUUUGCUCUGAUCUUCUAAUCUUAUUGCUUUCCCAUUGUUAUUAUAUGGAUUAAUGCAUAACCAACUUUACUUUAUAGCUUUUCUGUGACAGUUGGAUGUGUUUGCUAUUAUAUAUAUAUUUCCCUUUUCAAAGUUAGGUUUCUGCAUUUUCAGGCAUUGAUGAUUCUUAGCUAAUUAAGAAUCAAAGCUACUACUGCAAAGUUCUACUUUUUUCCAUGUUUGUAUACAAGUUUAGUGGAAACUGGGUUUUAAAUCGUUGAUGGAAAUAUUGAUAAAAAGGAAAUGCUAUAGAUAUCUUAAGUCUUAGCGUGAACAACUCAUUAGUUUUAACAUGUUACCAUGUCUAAUUAAACUAUUACUAAUGUUAUGGUCUCGUUAGUAACAAACAUGGUUGGAGACUUGGGAGUGAUUUUAUAGAGGUGAACAUCAUUUUUGCCGUAUCCAAAGGUAAUGCAAAAUACGAUUUUAAUAGUUUAAACCAAUUUUGAGUGAAUAGAGACAUGUUUCAUAGUGGUUUUAAUUACACAAACUAUUUAUCCCUUAAGUUAGAUCAAACCUAUAGUUUCAUAAAAAUAGUUUUUUGUUUUUCCUUUCUCAUCGAUGAACAAUGAAAUGUCAAUCUUGGGCACUUGAGUUUACUGAUCUUGCCUCCUGAAAGUAUGUAGAGGCCACUAACAAUUGCCAAAUUAGGAUGACAUUUGGAGUUGACUUUUAUCAAAGUUGCUGUUAAUUUAAUUAUCUAUCCAGCCAUCAUAGAAAUGAAGUUGACUUUUGUGCACAAAGAACAACAAAGGGGGAAAAAAGGCUAUGACUUUCUUUCUUUAAUGAGUGUUCUUUAAUCUUAACAAGCUCCUAAAACUUCUUCAACAACUUCAAUAUCAACUUCAUCAAACUUUGAGAGGAAAACACCAUCCAAAUGAAAUGGGAGCAUUCAAAUUCUUGUCAACCUUGUAUCUAUCCACAACUUUACUGUUAAUAAUAUUCGGUUCUUUCUUUUGCUGUGCUGAUACAAACUUGAACUGUGGCCGACAGUGUUCUAAAUCUGAUAGCUUUACAACCGAGAACGAUUUCAAGGCCAAUCUGAAGAAUCUUUUGGACUCUUUGGCUGAAAAUGGGCCUCUUUUUAGAGGUUUUUACAGCACCUCCAAUGGAGAGAGUUCAAACCAAAUCUUUGGUCUUGUUCAAUGCAGAGGUGACGUUUCUUCAAUCGACUGUGGUAGCUGCAUAAAAAACUCCUCUGCUUUUGCUUUGUCUGAGUGUCCUGAAAGCAAAGAUGUUAUGAUUUGGUUUACAUGGUGUUUUCUUAGGUAUUCCACUGAUAACUUCGUUGGGGUUUUGAGUCAAACUUCAGUGGCUAUUUUUAAUGACACCAAUUAUGAUGACCCAUCUUUGGUUUCUUAUGGUUUGUCUCUAAUGAGUGGAUUGGCUUCAUCUGCCUCUUAUCAGAACUUGAUGUUUCAAACUGAUGUUUUGAAUGCUGGUAUGAAAGGAAAGAGAUAUGGGAUGGCUCAGUGUACUAGAGAUAUCAGUGGGAGUGAUUGUGCUCAGUGUCUCAACUCUCAAUUGGCUACCUUUAGGACAACCAUUGGGAGUAAGAAAGAUUGGGAAAUAUAUGGAUUCAAUUGCUUUAUGUGGUAUCAUGAUCAUCAGUUUUACUUCAAUUUUUCAACUAGUGCAGGUGGAAGAUGGUCUUUUCCAGAUGGUGGAAGAACAAUUUGCAUUUCCCUUGCAGUAUUAAUGAUGGUUGUGAUGAUUCUCUAGUUGUUGAAAGUUGGAACAUUUUUUUAUCUGAGGAUGGAAGUCAUGAAUCUGCAACUUGAAAGACUUUCCUUCUCCUUGGUUUUGUUCCUUUUAUUUUGUAUUCUUUAUUAUAAAUCCUACUUGUACUCUUAACUUGUAAAGCUAACUAAAGUCAACUCUCUAAGGAGGGGAAGCUUAUUUUAUUUCUUCUACUUUGUA